CAAAGGUGGGGCAUGUAAUCUCACAUUUCGUGUAGUCCUUUAAUGACAGCUUUCAACGCAGUGCCAUGUGAUCAUUAAUGAGCCAUGGCUCCCACUAAACCACAUUCAAUAACUCUUUCACCAUACAAUUGGUUUUCAAAGUCUAUAUAUAUCCAUCAUUGGUUUCCAAGCAACACAAACCAUUCAUCUCAUACCUUGAAGCAUCAGAAAUCAAGUUCACUUCUUUCUUCUACUACUUCUUUGAGAUCAUUCUAUUGUGAAGAAACAAAAACAAGAAUGGGUUUUCACUUACCUGGUAUUAGACGAUCAUCAUUUAGUGCAAGCCAAGUAUCUAGCAAAGAAGUGGAAGUCCCAAAAGGCUAUCUUGCAGUUUAUGUUGGAGAGAAAGCGAAGAGGUUCUUGAUUCCAGUAUCAUUCUUGAACGAGACUUCAUUUCAAGAAUUGCUUAGCCAAGCCGAAGAGGAAUUUGGUUAUUGUCAUCCAAUGGGUGGUCUUACAAUUCCAUGCAAGGAAGAUAUCUUCUUACAUACAACUUCUCGUUUGAACAACCUAUAAUUAAUUCAUACUGCAAAAAAAUCAUAUGAAUGUUAGCAUAGAACAGUGUAGGUUGACUAGUUGGGACAAGUUUUGUACAUCAGGAAUUUCUUUGUCAAUUUUGAUGUUUCCUCUUAAGUGGAAAUCUGAAAUGAGAACAUAAUCAAAUUAUAUUCUUGUGAA